AUGGCGAGCAUAACUUUCCCCCCAGUGCCCGAGUUGCCGAUUCAUCCGUACGUUCAGUACCUGAGGUCUACUCUCGUCAAAAUCGACCGCCUCAAAGACCUUGAAAAGGCCAUACGCGAAAGCAUCGAGAAAGACCAAAUCGUGGAAUUUACUGAAUGGGGCAUUACAGACGCAAGCCGCUUCUUCCAGUACGCAAGCUACCUCCUUACAUCGUGGAUUCCGAGUGAAACGCAAGACGGUCGUUUCGUCUACUAUGUCCUCACCAUCUUUUACUACGUCUUCGACAAAGCCAGCAUCGAAGACCUGCAGACGCCCAUCGCCCCCACGUCCAUUCAGGGCGACAUGCCAAUCAUCACCCCAGUCUCUAAUUGGAUCACUGGCUUUGCUGUCCGCAUGGGACAAUGGCUGGACACACCUGACUCCCUGACGCCGGCCAGCUAUCAGUCCUUUGUCCACUCUCCACCGUACCGUGUGGGUCCACACGGCGACUACCACAUCCCUGACCCUGCCGACCCCCGCGGUGGCUUCAAGACCUUCAAUGAACUCUUCUGCCGCCGCCUGCGCUGUGAUUAUCCCUAUACCGGCGUCCGCCCGAUCGCGGGGCCCAAGGACCCCAACGUCGUCAUCUUCCCCGCCGACUCGACGUUUGACGGGGCUUUCCCCAUCGAUAGCAACAACACGGUCGAGAUCAAGGGCCUCCAGUGGCCCAUUUCCGCCCUGCUAGCCGGCUCGGAGUACGCUGACAGUUUCGCCGGAGGCACCUGGGCACACGCAUUCCUCAAUACGUUCGACUAUCACCGGCAGCACGCGCCUGUGGCCGGAACAGUCGUCGAGGCCUCCAACAUUGAAGGGCUAUGCUAUCUGCAGGUCAUUGCCAAGGACGACGAGCAUGGGCAUACGCGACUGAAACCACACCGUGGAUUCAGGAGCCCAGCUAACAAGCCCCGGCACAAUGGCGACGUAGUCGCACAGCCAGACGCCCCCGACGAGGCGGGCUACGAGUUCAUCCAGACGCGGGGUCUGAUCAUCAUCAAGACGGGACGGCCGGAAGUCGGCUUGGUGGCGGUGCUGCCCAUGGGCAUGGCGCAAGUGAGCAGUGUCAAGCUGGCGGUGCGGGUCAACCAGGAACUGAAGAAGGGUGAGGAGAUUUCGCAUUUCGAGUUUGGCGGAAGCGACAUCGUCCUGGUCUUUGAGAAGAAGGCCGGUGUGGAUUUCUCCAAGAUGCCCUUGAAGGAGCACCACUUCAUGGGCGAGCAGUUGGCGACGUUCAAUCCUGCUGCUGCUGGGACUUGA